AUGAAGGUCUACCAGGCCGACAACAUGGACUUGCACCAGCUGCAGGAGGUCACAGCCAGACCACGGAUCGAUUUCUCUUCAAUCCUGGGCACGGUAGCUCCUAUUGUGGAAAACGUGCGCAGCAGGGGGGAUGACGCGGUGAUGGAGUACACUGCCAAGUUCGACCGGGUUCAUCUCGACGCCGUUUGUGUGCCGAUCAAGGAGCUUCCUGCGCCGUCCCUGGAUGCUGAGACUGCUGCUGCCUUUGACAUGGCCUAUGCCAACAUCGCCACCUUCCAUGAGGCGCAACGCUCGGCGCCACUGGAGGUUGAGACAAUGCCUGGGGUGCGAUGCCGGCGUGUAUCGCGGCCCAUUGGCGCUGUGGGGCUCUAUGUGCCCGGCGGCACCGCCGUGCUGCCAUCCAGCGCACUCAUGCUCGCGGUACCGGCAGCCAUUGCGGGCUGCCGCACCAUUGUGCUGGCCACGCCACCGCGUCCUGAUGGCACCAUCACUCCUGAGGUGCUCUACUGCGCACGCAAGGCUGGCGUGACCCACAUCCUCAAGGCGGGCGGCGCGCAGGCGGUGGCGGCAAUGGCCUGGGGCACUGCCAGCUGCCCCAAGGUGGACAAGAUCCUCGGUCCCGGCAACCAGUAUGUGACAGCAGCCAAGAUGCUGCUGCAGAACAGCGAGGCCAUGGUGGCCAUUGACAUGCCGGCGGGGCCCAGCGAGGUGCUGGUCAUCGCUGAUGAGGCUGCAAACCCUAUCCAUGUUGCCAUCGACCUGCUCUCUCAGGCUGAGCAUGGCCCUGACAGCCAGGCGGUGCUGGUGGCACUGCCGGGGGUAGAUGUGGAGACAGUCCAGCACGAGGUUGAGCGGCAGUGUGAACUGUUGCCACGUGCGGAAACGACGCGGCAAGCGCUCACCCAUAGCUGCAUCGUGCAAGUGGGCAGCAAGGAGGAGGCGGCAGAUUUCUCAAACAGGUAUGCCCCCGAGCACCUGAUUGUGAAUGUGGAGGAUGCGGAGUCAUGGCUACCGCUACUGGACAACGCGGGCAGCGUGUUUCUGGGGCGCUACACGCCUGAGAGUGUGGGGGAUUAUGCCUCGGGUACAAACCAUGUGCUGCCGACCUACGGUUACGCGCGUAUGUACUCUGGCGUCUCCCUGGACUCAUUUCAGAAGAAGAUGACGGUACAGAGUCUGAGCCUAGAGGGGUUGCAGAAGCUGGGGCCGGCUGUGGCCAAAAUGGCGGCGGUGGAGGGCCUAGAUGCCCACCGCCGCGCCGUCACACUGCGCCUGGGACUGUCUAGUCCAGACAAGUUUGACUGAUGGGUCCACUUGGGUCUUCGCUUUUCCUCGCACCACCCUCUCAUUUUCUCUCUGCAGCUUGUCCAGGAAGGUUUUUUAUUAUCAUUGCAUCAUCCCCACCAUUGAAUCAGAAUGAUUUU